AGCUUUCAGCGCGGGGCGGACUCGCCCGCCUUUGGAGGCGUUGGUUUCUGUUUCUGUCUAUCUUACGCACUAUCUCCGCCCUCAGGGGAGAGACUUCUCCGUUUUGCCGAGCACCUCUUUUUCCACGCACUGAUGCUAAAUCAAAAUCAGGUGUGACGGACCGCGAGAGCGCAAAGGACACGGCGACAAUUUGGCACCGGACCCCCCUCCUCCUCCACCCCUCUGUCUCUCUUCCUCUCUCUCUCUCUCUCGUUAUGAAUUUCUGGAUUAUGGAGACGUCGUUAUGCCACGCAGGGUGAACUACAGACGCUUUCCAAGAUUAAAUCACCCCAGCUAGAAGCGAGGAAAAAUGUGCACGAAUGAGAUAUUGCUCAGAUGCUGCUGCACAUCUCCGGGAUUUCGCCUGUAAAUACCUUUUGGGAUGUUUAUUUUUGUGCUUUUGUGGUUUUCAGUGCGCGCAGUGUGCAGUAGAUUUGUGUGGUGCUUAGAGCUGGCUUAGCCCAGAGGCUACUUGAUAAUUAUCCCCUUUUUAAUAUCAAUAACCGGCAUGAUCAAUGUGCAGCUUGCUGUAGUUGUGGCCGUACAGAAUCCGUGUUGUGUCGUUUAUCUCUGUAGAGUGUUUCAAAUGUAAAUAGAAGUGAUAAAUGAUGAACUAAUUGGCUCUGUGAAUCGUUACACCAAACGCGCUAACAGGAGUUCAUAUUAUUCCCAGAUUAUAAAUCGACGCAGGGGCUGUUUGAAGUCACAUGUGCCCAGAACAAACAAUUAAGAUGACAAAAACCGUCCUCAGAAGAGAUUCUCUUUAUUACCGAGGAAGCUGCAUUGGGAUCACAUCUCAGUUCCUGGAUUGCGAUAGAGUUGGAGGACAGGGAGCAGAGGAAGAAGAGAGGGAGGAGAAGCAGAGGAGAGCUGCUGAGCCGCACGAUAGGGCUGCUGAUAGGCAAGCUUUGGCUUCAGUGAUGGACUGAGCUGAAGGUGGCAGCCAGCUUCACGCUUUCCUCCAGAGCCUUCACACCUGACGAAGGGCAUGUAUGGACACACUUGCAGCAUAGGUGAGAACAGGAGGAGCUGCCCACGUUGAACAAAACAAAUUGGUCCUCAUGAUUAAAACACAACUGUCUCUCAAAGAGGACAACACUGGCCUUUUAUUUGGAAAUCAUCUCUCAGGUCUGCACAAACUGGUUCUACCUUUGUCCCAUGAUAAAAAAGCUAGUAAACCUGGAACCUCAGCACCUUCCCAAGUGCCCUGGAAACCCACCGGAUUCAGUCUGCAUCCACAGAUGUAACUAAGCUUAUCAAGAUUUCUUCACCAGGAAGUCCUGUUUUUUUGGCUGCAUGGACACAUCUUCAAAGACGUGGCUGCCGCAUCAGAGUCAGUUUGGGUUGGUUGGUCAAGCGGAGGUUUGCUGUGGUGGAUCUGGAGUUUUAACCCCAAACCAAUCUCGCAGGGCAAGUUUUGCCUCUGUAAGGCAGUCAAGCAUGGAAACCCCUCCCAAUGCCACCCCACAGCCCUUCAGACAGCCGAGUUUUCUCAAUCGAAGGUUGAAGGGCUCCAUCAAGAGGGCCAAAAGUCAGCCCAAACUGGACCGGACCAGCAGCUUCAGACAAAUGAUUUUGCCCCGGUUUCGUAGUGCCGACCAAGAGAGGACACGACUGAUGCAGAGCUUCAAAGAAUCCCACUCCCAUGAAUCCCUACUUUCUCCUAGCAGCGCUGCAGAGGCUCUAGACCUAGUUCUGGAUGAGGAUGCCAUAAUAAAACCUGUCCACUCUAGCAUUUUAGGACAAGAGUACUGCUUUGAGGUGACCACCAGUUCAGGGACAAAAUGUUUUGCCUGCCGAUCGGCUUCAGAGAGAGACAAGUGGAUUGAAAAUCUGCAACGAGCUGUCAAACCGAACAAGAAGUCCACAUGUCAUUUUCAGGACAACAGCAGGCGGGUGGACAAUGUGCUCAAACUGUGGAUUAUUGAGGCUCGAGACCUUCCGGCUAAGAAACGCUACUAUUGCGAGCUGUGUCUGGAUGACAUGCUGUACGCACGCACCACCAGCAAACCCCGGACCGACACCGUCUUCUGGGGCGAGCAUUUUGAAUUUAACAAUUUGCCUACCAUUCGUAGCCUUCGUUUACACCUCUACAAGGAAACUGACAAAAAAAGACGCAAGGAGAAAAGCACAUAUCUUGGCCUUGUCAGCAUCCCCAUCUCCAGCAUCACAGGCCGGCAGUUUGUUGAGCAGUGGUACCCGGUGAUACAGUCCAGUGUCUUGGCCAAAAGCGGUGGUGUUGGAAGUGCCAAAGUGAUCAACGCCUCACUACGUGUCAAGUCUCGCUACCAGACAAUGAACAUCCUCCCGAUGGAGCUGUACAAAGAGUUUGCAGAGUACAUUACCAACAAUUACCGAACACUGUGUGCAGUUCUGGAGCCGCUACUGAGUGUGAAAAGCAAGGAGGAGGUGGCGUUCGCUCUGGUGCACAUACUUCAAAGCACCGGGAAGACAAAGGAGUUCCUCUCCGACAUGGCAAUGUGCGAGGUGGAUCGAUUCAUGGACCGCGAGCACUUGAUCUUUCGGGAGAACACAUUAGCAACAAAGGCUGUGGAAGAGUACCUCAAACUGAUAGGUCACAGAUACCUCAAAGAUGCUAUAGGUGACUUCAUUCGAGCCUUAUAUGAGUCUGAGGAGAACUGUGAGGUGGAUCCCAUGCGUGUCCCACCGUCGGUCCUCGCUGACCAUCAAGCCAACCUUCGCAUGUGUUGUGAGCUGUUACUCUGCAAGAUCAUCAACUCUCUCUGCAUUUUUCCCCGGGAGCUGAAGGAAGUUUUCGCCUCAUGGAGAGCUAGAUGUGCUGAGCGUGGAAGAGAGGAUCUUGCUGACAGCCUCAUCAGCUCCUCCCUGUUUCUACGCUUCAUGUGCCCAGCCAUCAUGUCCCCCUCUCUGUUCAACCUAAUGCAGGAGUAUCCCGCCGAACGCGUGUCCCGCACACUCACCCUCAUAGCCAAGGUGAUGCAGAACCUGGCCAGCUUCAGCAAAUUUGGACCAAAGGAGGAAUACAUGUAUUUCAUGAAUGAGUUCCUAGAGAUGGAGUGGGGCUCCAUGCAACAGUUUCUUUAUGAGAUUUCCAACAUGGACACCGGAGGAAAUGCCGGAGGGUUUGAGGGCUACAUUGACCUCGGCAGAGAAUUGUCCAUGCUCCACAGCUUACUGUGGGAAGUCAUGGGCCAGCUUAGCAAGGAUGCUAUCCUCAAGCUCGGACCCCUGCCACGGCUGCUGAAUGACAUCAGCGUCGCCUUGAGGAACCCGCAGCUCCACAUGCCCACAAAUCACCAGCCAGACCGACCGAAGGACAGACUUUUCUCACGGCCAUCCUUCAAUCGUCUCAUGUCCUCUGACUUUCAAAGCCUUAUGAUGCGUGACUUAAACAGUUCAAUAGACAUCUCUCGCCUGCCUUCUCCUACGACGGGAGUCUCAGCUGUAGAGUCCCUCUCAUCUAAUCUGAACAUGAGGCGACAGGCAGAACGAGACCUCCGCUCGUCGAGGGAGGUUUUCUACGUGACUCGCCCACCACUCGCUCGAUCCAGCCCUGCUUAUUGCACGAGCAGCUCGGACAUCACCGAGCCUGAUCCAAAGGUCCAUAGUGUGAAUAAAAGUGUGUCCAUGAUGGAUCUUCAGGACUCCCGUAUGAACAGCAUUUCCAAUCUGAACUCUGUUGGAGACAUGCUGACCUCCUCUCAAGCCUCCAUCGCCGGCCUGGGCCACAGCUUCGGGAACCUCUGCGGUCCUCUUCGUAUGGGAGGGCAUAUGCCGGCAGGCUCAGCGGGCUCUGGGUUGAGGCUGAGCCAGAUGGGCCACAUAGGGGGGCCCACCGAAUCCAUCUCUCAACAGCAGCAGCAGGCAGCGGCAGCCAUGCACUUCCCCCUGUCCUUCCAGAACCCACUAUUCCAUCUGGCUGCCCAGAACUCCCCGGCUCAGUCUCAGCCUCCCCCUCCUCUCCUCCUCGCCCCUGAGCCCGAGAACGGCCACCACGACUAUCAGCCAGCCUUUGGCAACAACGCCUUCUCCCGCAGCGAGGACUUGUCCGGCCUGCGGUCACAGAGCAGUCUGGUGCAGCCCAGCAUCGUGCACUCACACAGCUACAGCGACGAUUUCACCCGGCAGAAUCACAGCAAUGACUACGCUUGGCACCAGCUGUCACUGCAGGUGCAGGAGUCUCUCCAGCAGCAGCACCUGAUGGGAGUCACUUCUCAGACAGCCACAGGAACAGGCACCCCCGCCUCUUUGGCCACACCACCCACCACAGUUCACCCUGUUCGCCAGACAUCCAUUGCCCCGCCACAACACUUGAAGUCACAGCGUUCCAUUAACACACCAGCCACCGCUACACCUCCAAAGGUUCGCCCGCAGAGCAGGAACCUCCUGCUCGACUCUUCUGACACAAACUUCAGUGGCAGUCAGCCGAAGCAGCGUCAAACUCAGCCGCCGCAACAACAGCAGCAACAGCAGACACAGCAGCAACAACAGGAUGCACAGCUGUCUGUGACGGACAGUCCCGCUCCCGGGCUCCCAUACCAGACGAGCUCCGCCAAAGAGAACCAGGGCCCAUCAGCGGCAGCAGAGGCGUCGACAGACACACCCACAAAAAACACGAAGAAGUCUCCACAGUCGCAACUGCAGCCACCACAGCAGCAUCUGCUCAAACCAGGCAAUAAACAGGGUUCUCAGUCGACCCUGAACACCCCGGCCCUCAAUGAACGGACAGUCGCCUGGGUGUCCAACAUGCCUCACCUCUCUGCCGACAUCGAGAGCUUGCGGCCGGACCGUGAGGGCCAGCUGAAAGAGUACUCCAAGAGUAUGGAUGAGUCACGACUAGACAGGGUAAAAGAGUAUGAGGAAGAAAUCCAUUCCUUGAAGGAGCGUUUGAAGAUGUCUCAUCGCAAGCUUGAAGAAUAUGAGCAAAGGCUCAUGACACAAGAACAGCAGACAAACAAGAUCUUACAGCAGUACCAGAACCGCCUGGAAGACAGCGAGCGCCGUCUAAAGCAGCAGCAAUUGGAGAAGGACUCUCAAAUCAAAGGCAUCAUUAGCAGACUCAUGGCUGUGGAAGAUGAGCUGAGAGGGGGUGCCAUUCCUGAUAUUAAGCCUCGAAUCCUCACAGACCAGUCUAUCAGCCAAGUCUAUGGUGGCCACCCGGGAUCCUGACUGUCAAUUCCAGUGUGACCAGAGUUCAUGAUGGUCACUCGAGUGUAAGAAGACCAAUUCAGAUCCGCCUACAAAAACCUAUGAAGAGGAGUUCUGCAGUGGAUGCAGCAGGACCACUGAAGGCUUCAUCUCACAGCAUUCUUAAGAAAAAUUUUGCACAUUUUCAAACUUUGCCUGAACCAGAACUUGACAAUCAGUUUUAGCGUGAGGACCAAUGUCUGCAGAGAAUCCUCUGCACAUUUUGACUGAAAUAUAAGCCAGUGUCGCAACAAUGGCAAUACUGAACCUAAUGAGUUUCUUUAUUUUAAUUAGACGAAGUGAGAAGGGAUAUGUAAAACAUUGGGGAUGAAGAUGGUUUCAUGAUUUUCCCCGCUACAAGCAGCACUUGUGCUUCUCACUAAAGUGGCAAGAGACAAAAUGUAGAAAAGAAUUUUAACAAGCACAACAUCCCCUCAUGGUGACGCCUGUGACAAACAACAAGCGUGUUGAUAAAUCAUUUCCUAUCUAUGAUCCUCGGAUACAGGGCCCAAGCAAGACUUAUAUUACUAUUUGAUUCUGAUAAAAUCAUUUAGUAACAUAUUCUCAUGGCAAAGGUAGUAAUCAUUAUGAUUUUUGCAUCCUUUACAGCACAGCCAUCCCAUCUGAAUAGAUGCCAAACAAAUCAAUCAAUCAAUCAACUAACUGCUUUAAGUACAGUCUCCUCUUUUUAGUCAUGUUUUCUUUUGACACACAUUGUAAAGUGAGGACAACAGUUUCCUGACUCUCAGUGUAUAGAAGAAGUAUUUCUUAAAGCUACUAAACCUUUUUAAUAAUGGAAAUACAAAAAUAAUCUGAGAGUAUAAUGUGUUUUGUUCACUUUGUAAUAAUAACAUUAAUCAUAAUAAAGAAUGUGAUAUUUCAAAACAAUGAUACAAAGUGCUUCAUAAGUCAUAGUCCAUAGACAUGAAAGAAAAUGUUGGAUUUAAAAGAGCGUUCCAACAAUUUCUGCACAAUACAAGAGCACUAUCCAGCCUGUGAAAACAGAUUAUCAUGUCUUCUGUGGGUCUGUGGAGGAGCUCUGUCAGGUCUGAGAAAAUAAUAUUUCAGCCUGGGCUCAGACUCUGCAGUACAAACUAGGGGUUUGAAGUUUGACAGAUAGGAGGAUUAACCAGGCAGGGAGAGGAAGAGAUGCUGUUAGUUGCAUUAUGGAAAAUGUAUGGUCCGGCCUCUUUAGAGCUUGGAGGAACAUUUACCCCUUGUAUUAGCAUGUUAUCUGUAUCUGGAUAAUGAAAUCCACGGAGCUGUACGUACAUCACCUGUUAUAAGUGUCUGGAUUUCAAUAUACAGUUUAGUCAGACACAGCUGGUAGACAAACAAUCAUAGCAUAUCCCUUGCACAAUGACAGGGAUGGGUGUCAUUACUCUCGAAACUGCAUUUUGCACAGAAGACUUGUCAGCUGCUGCUAAUUCAUUCAAACCUUGUGUUUUUCCUUAUGCAGAUUGGACAUCCAGAUACAGAUCACAUGUUUAUGUCAUUUGUAAAUGGGGGUGAAAGAGUCCAGAACUCCAACUGAAUAUAAAGGCCAUACUAAAUGAUUGGAGAGCCACCUUCCGCAUUCAUGGAAAUCAGCUAGAGUUCAUCUGUUUACCUUUGCCUUUAAUGAAGGCUAUUAAAAAAAUUUGACAGAUGAUACUGAUGGCUGUAGUUCCAACUCAUCUUUGGUCUACAGUUUCUAAUGAAUAUGUGUCUCAUGGACAGUUACAUCCAAGAGACAGUAAACUAAUCAAGCCUCAAAGGUAACCUGAAAAUUUUCAAAAUCACCGUCUGCGCCAUUUUCAUUAUUUAUCUUUCUUUCUUUUUUUGGGGGGGGGGCUUUUUCAUGUUUUGUUGUACAGCACUUUGUAACAUUGGUUUGAAAAGUGCUGUAUGAAUAAAUUUUAAUAAAUAUGAUUAUAAACAUUAUGUGCAACUGGAAACAACUCAUAGCAAGUAGUGAAUUACUCAUCUGUUGUGAUUAAUGUUUCUGAAGCAUAGAUGUGCAACAGUUCUGCAUGUGCUUUUUAAAUGCGAGGAAAAGUAAGUGGACUUGUUGUCAGAUAUUAUUCAAAUGUACAAAAGAAAAAAAAGAAAAGGAAAAAAAAAAAACCAACCUUGACAUGGCUUUCCCAUUGGAAGCCAUCUUUUUUUAUCCAACCUGCUGACUCUUCCAUUUUUUCAGAAGAGGGUGGCAUUCAGCCUUUUGCAUUAUACAGCAUGGAAGUACUGAAAGAGAUGAAGAGAAAUCACAUAAAGAGGAGAGACAGUGACAACAACAGAACAACAGAGAGUUUCUGAGCAGGGAUAUGUAGUAUAUGUGCAUAGGAUAUGACUGCCUUACAGUCUGCGCCACAGGGCCCAAAAUAACAAUGCCAAUAUUUAAAAACUUGUAAACAUUUUUUUCUUUAUUUGUAUUUUUUUCGUUUUUUUUUUUUUUUGUAGUCAGGUGAUGAAUUACUAAGCAGUGUGUUGGUUAACUGUAUGUUAGUCAGAAUCAUUUAUAUUACAAAUUUCAUUGUUGCUAUAAUUUAUCUUAACCUCUUGCCUUUAAAAAGACAUUUAACAUUUAAAAGACAUUUUCUUUCACAAUAAAUAAAUAUCAAUGAUACAUAGCUAUAUGUUUAUGUUAUCAGAAAUGUAUAAAAUAACUUAAUGUAUAUUUAUUCUUAUAUGUAAAAUGUAUUCAAAUCAAGGGUAGGCCUUCAGGCAUGUUGAAGUUGUGGUAAAAACUGAUGCUUAUAUUAAUAAUUCUUAAUGCUGCAAUCCAGAAACUACAGUGCUAUGGCGUGACUGCGUUCAUGGGAUGAGAGCUGUGUAAUUUCCCAGCAUAGCACACUUCUGUUCUGUGGAAUAAUGAGACAAAUUCUUAAAAAGUAUUUCGCCUACGUUUGUGUAACCAAAAUAGCAGUGGUGCUUUCAAUAAUACUGGAUUGCAGUCUUAAGUAAACUUCUUAUGAAAUAUACAUUUAUUUAUUUGGCCUGCAUUGCAAUACAGUAUUUUAAAAUGUUAUACUGCACUUCUGUUUUCAUUUUAUGAGAAGCUGCAAUCCAUAAUCUGACAAAUGUUUAUGAAGACUUAACAAUAUAUGAUAUACCCAUGUAUUCUUGAAACUCUCUCUGUAUUAGCUGCAGUGGUACAGUGUGCUACCUCUGAAAUCGUGCUCUCAUCUCCCUUCUGUUCUAAGGAUCCUUAUUCUGCUUUACAUCACAACCUGAGAGGAUAACUAGAAAACCUUCGUUUAUUUAAAGACACACUGCUAACAAAAAAAGUUUCUUUCUAACCAAAUACAAAGUCAGGCUUAAUUUUCUGUCGCUUCUUCGUUGCUAUUUUUGAAUCUCUUAUAUAUAACUUUUGUCAUCACAAGGCCAUUCUACAGUUUGUCCUGUUGUAUUUAAGUGCCGUUACCAUUACCUUCAUACAAAGCUCCUCUUAAUUACUGAAUGAGAUCAAUGAUGUUCCAGGUAUUCGUCAGAGUCUCAGGUGUUACCAGGAACACAGAGAUAUUGCCAACAAGAACUUUUGAUAUCUUCAGUGUCAAAUUCAAAAAACACAGUCUUUGGUGAGUGACCAUCAUAACUAAAUACAACUCAAAAAGCACAUGAAAUGAGGGGUCUGUGUUAAGGCAACUACUCUGCUUGUAUUUUUGUUGGUUCCUGGCCCUCAUUCCAUCCAUAUAAAUAGUUUAUUUUACACCUUCUCUGGUAUUAUUUGUUACAUAAAAGGGAACAAGAGCUGCAUUUCUUGGUCCAAAUGAAAAACGUGACAAACGCUCCAGUGUAAUAAAACUUGGUGAGGAAUAUUACUAAAGUUGAAGUGCUUUAUGUUUACAGAAUCUCAACAUUUUAGAGGAUGUGUGAACCUCCGUUGACCCAAGGGGGUGUAACUGCCGCUUUGCUGCAGCUAAAGCAAGACCUAAUGAAUGAUAUGAGAUAUCUUAUAUAUUUUAAAUAAGGGUAUUUAACAUCUAUCAACAUAUAUUAUGUUUCUAAAAUGGAUGUAUAGCAUUUUGGAAUGGAAAAAGUAUUUUCUCUUGGCAGCUAUUAUUCUGCACAAUUGAUCUGCUGUGUCACAAAUAUAUAGUUGGUAGGAUUUCUGACUUGAAUUGGGCCUACUGGAUGUAAUACCUUAAUUUACUUGACAUUUCUUUUGAAAUAAGCCAUGCCCCAUGGAUAAGCCAUACCCUCCACUCCCCCUGAUGUUGUGUGGUGGAUGUUCAAUGUUGGUAGUUUUAUUUAUAAUGGUAGUUAUUGUAGGUAUGAUUGCGCUUGUAAUUAAUACUAUUAGUGUAAGUACACUUGAUUGAUAUGAUUUGUUUUGUUUGAACAAAGGGAAUGUAUUCAUUUUUCAGGUGAUUUUUUUCCGAGUGAUUUAAAUAAACAAAUAAAUCCCUAA